AUGGCGAGCCCAGAGGCCCUUCGCAUCCUCAGGGAGCUGCAGGCAAAGCCUGAAAAUAAGGUCUGCGUGGACUGUGAGACAAAGAACCCGCAGUGGGCGACCGUCUCGUACGGCACGUUCAUGUGCCUCGAGUGCAGCGGCAAGCACAGGGGCCUGGGCGUGCACAUCUCAUUUGUCAGGUCCGUGACGAUGGACGCGUGGAACCCCGACCAGCUGCGCAAGAUGCAGGCGGGCGGCAACGGCAAGCUGGACGCGUUCUUCCAACAGCACGGUGUCGACAAGGCCACUGAUAUCAAGGUCAAAUACAACAACAAGGUUGCAGAGGUCUACCGAGACAAGAUCCGUGCGGAGGUAGAGGGCCGGCCCUGGACCGCUCCAGCGCCCGGCAGCAUCAGGGUGGACCUCGGCCCCGCGCCCACGGGCGGCAGCCGCCCCGCGUCGGCCGGCCGCCCCGCUCCCGGCGGUGGCGGCGGGGGCGGCGACGACUGGGGCGACUGGGGCAACAGCGGCGGCAACGGCGGUGCGGCUACAGGCGCACGCAACGGCAGCUUUGGCAAUGGCAGCGCGGGCAACAGCGAGUACACGAUGUCUCAGCUGCAAGCCAGCGCAGCCAACAAGGAUGCGUUCUUCGAGCGCCGCAAGCUGGAGAACGCAGCCAAGCCCGAGGGCCUGCCGCCGAACCAGGGCGGCAAGUACGUGGGCUUUGGCAGCUCCCCAGCGCCCCCGCCCCGCGGCCGCGGGGCCGGCGGGGCCGGCGGCGGCGCGGACGACGUGUCUCAGCUGCUCUCCAAGGGCCUGCAGUCGCUGACCGUGGUUGGCGCGACCGCCGGGGAGGCGCUGCGCCACGGCACGGCGCAGGUGAGCACUCUGCUGGCAGAGAAGCAGGUGGCGGAGACGGCCAAGGAGCUCAAGGACAAGGGCGCCGCGCUGGCAUCUGCUGGCUGGAACGGCCUCCGCAGCCUGUACGCGAAUGUUGCGUCCACGGUCGAGUCUGCUGCAAAGGAGAGUGGGUACAAGAUCGACCUUGGAGCGCGCACGGUGGCAGCCAGCUUGCAGCAGGAGCAGCAGCGGCAGGCAUUGAUGCAGGGCGGGUAUGGCGGGUAUGGGGGAGGCGGCGCGGGCUACGGCGGCAACGGGGGAGCUGGCGGCCACAACCUGCACCACAGCGUCAGUGAUGGUCGGCUACCGCAACAGGGCGGAUAUCAGCAGCAGCAGCAGCAGCAGCAACAGCAGCAGCAGCGCGGUGGCGGCGGCGGCGGUGGGUUUUCGGGCUUUGACGACAGUGCGGCGAAUGGUCGCGGCGGCGGCGGUGGUGCCGGCGGCGGUUGGGAUGACUGGGGCAAUGGCAGUGGUGCUGGCAGCGGAGCCGGCGGCCGGGGGGCAGCGCCCGCCGCUGCGCCGCGGGCUGGCGUGGCGCCCCAGAAGUCGCUCAGCAACCCCGAGAUUGCGCGCAAGGCUGCGGCUGACGACGACUGGGGCAAGUGGUGA